GACACAGCAGGGCAGGAGCGUUUUCGAACACUUACACCAAGCUAUUACAGAGGGGCACAAGGAGUGAUAUGUGUGUACGAUGUGUCGAAUCGGCAAACUUUCGAACGGCUGGGACACUGGAUGCAUGAAGUGGACGUCUAUUCAACCAAAUCUGACGCCGUGAAAAUGCUUGUUGGCAACAAAAUUGAUAUUUCAAAUCGAGAAGUGAGUCGUGAGGAGGGACUCGAAUUUGCCAAGAAAUAUCGUAUGUUGUUUAUUGAGGCAAGUGCAAAAACUCGUGAAGGUGUACAGUGCGCAUUCGAAGAACUCAUUGAAAAGGUUUUCCCUUUUUUUCGUUUUGCUUUUUGGCAUGUGCAACCGACAGGAAAAAAUUUUAAAUUCUGA